UCCAGUGCAGUCAUGUCGGUGUGGUUGUGCCUCGCAGCGGGAGCAGUUUGCUUUUACGUGAUAGUGUACUACGGUGUGUUCAGAGGAGCGGGAUGGUCAAGUCCAGUGAAGCUGAGGGGGAAGACGGCCAUUGUUACGGGAGCCAACACUGGCAUCGGCAAGGCCACGGCUCUGGAGCUGGCAAAGAGAGGAGCCAGAGUGAUCCUGGCCUGUCGCAACAAGGAGAAAGCUGAGGCUGCUGCUUUUGACAUCCGCAGAGACAGUGGGAACAGUCAGGUGGUGUUUAUGCAGCUGGAUCUGGCGAGUCUGAAGUCUGUCCGCAGUUUUGCUGAAACCUUCCUGAAGACUGAACCCAGACUGGACAUCCUCAUCAACAACGCAGGUGUAAUGGGUUCAGGACGUACUGAGGAAGGCUUCGGCGUAGCGUUUGGAGUGAACCACCUGGGUCACUUCCUGCUCACCGACCUUCUCCUGGAGCGUCUGCAGCAGUGUGGUCCCAGCCGUGUGGUCACCGUGGCCGCGCUUCUGCACCGCUUUGGAAACAUCGACUUCCCUCUGCUAACUUCAGAGAAAGAUUUAGUGUCGGGUCAGUCUACCUGGCACAACUUUCAGGCCUAUUGCAACAGCAAGCUGUGUAAUGUGCUCUUCACCAGGGAGCUGGCCAACAGGCUGGAGGGCACCAGUGUCACCUGCUACAGUCUGCACCCAGGAGUGAUCUACACAGAGCUGUGUCGCAGCAUGAACCUGUGGCAGCAGCUCCUCAUGAUGCCCUUUGCCAAGCUCUUCUUCAUGGACCCAGAGAUGGGGUCUCAGACCACCCUGUACUGCUCCCUGCAGGAGGGCAUUGAGCAUCUCAGCGGACGCUACUUCUCUAACUGCACGCUGCAGCAAGUGGGAGCCAAGGGACGAGAUGACGCCCUGGCAAAGAAGCUGUGGGAAGUGAGUGAGAGGUUAACCAGUGUGUCAUCAUAGACUGAAACUUUUUUCAGAGGCUCCAAAGACUGUGUCUCUCUGUGCUUUAUAGACCUCAGCAGGCCUCCAGUGUGAGUGUCCUAUUGUAGGUCUCUUUUUCCUUUAAGGGCUGGUUUCUCAUGGUUCUAUACAUGUAUAUUAUUGUGGAUCUUUAGAGUAAGAUCUCUUAUGUACAUAACCUUACACUUGUGCCUCCUGUUUAUCAAAUGUCUGCCUAUAGAUCCAGCUUUCAAAAACUAUCUGGACUGGUUUGUCCACUAAGGUAAAUAUGUUAUGCUCACAACAAGCUCAUAAGUUUAUGGGCCUGUUGUGUUGCAUGUUGUGUGUUUAUUACUUUCAGAAAAUAAAAUUAAAGAAAUAAUGUAAUUUUUUUUUGUCACUUAGAAGAAUAAGUGCUGUUACUUUUACCACUGUUGGUUCUUAGAAGGAUGCAAAAGAUGGAAUAGUGAAAGUUUUACUUUUAAAGUUUUAUAUAAUUUUCUUAAAUCCUUUCAGUUUUUUCUUUCUUUUAUGUCCUGUGCAGGGUUGAGGAGGUGGGUGGUGGGCAGUGUGCUCUGUUUAUUAUGCUUUCAUUCCCCAACAAAAUUAACACUAAAAGACAAAAAACUUACAGUAUGGACACUGAUAAAAGGAGGGUAAUUUCGGCCUGGUAAUGGAGUCAGAUGCCUUACGUAUGUAACACAAGAAAAGAAAACACUCCAGAUGCCAAGUACACAAAUAAAAGGGCAAGAGGGCACAUUGGUUAGAAAGUAAACAUUUCCAGCAUUUGAGACAUGUGGUCCUUUUAACGUACAUUUUUCAAUUCCUAUUACACUAUUUGAAAAAGCAAACGACCAACAAGUAUGGCAUAAAAUUGCUGCUGAGAGUGUCAAUACCUUUAUUUGUUGUUGCUAUGGGUUUGUCUACACUCUGGUUAUAAAAGACAUGAAAUGGAAAAAGCAUAUAAUCCAGUAAACUAAUGUGUAAUAUGUUGAGACAUAUAAUUUUGUAGUAACUAACAAUUUAUAUGAAAUUAACAGAUUUCAUACAGUGCUUCUCAGUCAAAUUAUGUAUACAUUUUCAGCACAUUAACUUUAAGGCUAUAAAGAAGCAGAGACAAAUGGUUAUGGCAUUUUAACGGAAGAGUCUGGAAAUAUUUUUUUUUAAAAGUACAUUGUUUAUAGUAUUU